GAAUAGUCUAAAUUCCCAUCUUGUUUAGUGACCAUAACACGAGCAGCCUACACACAGAGAUAAACACACAUCGCACACAUACAAAGAAUUCAUUUGGGGCAGACUGACGCACACUCUUAAAAUAAUAGCGCAUGCAUAGAGAAGUACAUCCCUCACAGCCGUGUGCAGAUGGCAUCAGUGCGCGUAACCACGCAGCGCCGGCUGGUAGGAGUGUUAAGGUGAGGGUGUGUUGGAGGCCAAGUGGUUUUGCUAAACCCGCUACUUCGAUGAGCGACAAACGAGAGAAGGGCCUGGUACACAGUGCGCCCAUCAUCGGACUAUGCCUUCCCCAGCUCGGGAGGAAAGCAAAGGGGAGAGCGGACCGGCAGAGGACGGAGCGACCGACAGCGAGGACAGGGACAGAGGGACAGGCGGCCGUCUCGUGUGCGCUCUGGAGAUGGAGAUGACGAACCGCAGCCUGCACGGCGACUCCACGGUGGAUUGCGUGAAUUGCGAUGGCUUGAUCAAGCGGAACGGCGGGGACUCGGCUGAAGUGUCCGUGCCGCUGUCACUGCCCGGGAAGCGGACAGCUCACAUGGAGGGAGACGACCUUUACAGACUGCGAGACAGAAAGUUUUUAUUAGAGGAUAAAAAGCGCCUGUGCGCAUUGGCUCUGGGCACAGCUCUGCUCGGGAUCCUGCUCACCAUAAUCCACGCAGAGAUAUGUCCCAUCGUCUACACACCGGGCUCAAACAUCGGCUUGAUCAUCAACUGUUCCAUCAGCCUGUCCACCGGGUGUCUCCUGAUGCUCAUCAUAGCUUUCCAUUAUAAGGACAUCAGGCUGUUUGUGAUUGACCACAACCAGGUGGACUGGCGCAUCGCUAUGACCAGCCACAGGGUCCUUGUGAUCACGCUGGAGCUGCUGGUCUGUGUCAUCCAUCCUGUUGGCACCUACUGGGAGGUGGGCCUGGAUGCAAACUCCUCUUCCUCGGCUCCGCUGUGUGUCAUCGACCACCAGGGCGAGCCUCUGAUGGACAUGGAGCUGCUGUUGUCCGUGCUGAUGUUCCUCCGCUUGUACUUGGUGCACAGAGCAAUCCUGCUGCACAGCAAAGUGCUGCUGAGCGCCUCCUACAGGAGCAUCGGCUCGCUCAACAACAUCAACUUCACCUUCCGCUUCGUCCUGAAGAUACUGAUGAACAAAUACCCGGCGCGCACACUGCUCGUCUUCAUCCUCUUCUUCUGGCUCACUGCGUCCUGGAUGCUUACUCUGUGUGAGAGACAUACCAAAGCAUCAACAGGCCACAUGGACACUGCUAUGUGGCUCAUAGCCAUCACCUUCCUCACAGUGGGCUAUGGGGAUGUGGCGCCCAAGACCAGCUGUGGCAGGGCAGUGUGUCUCUUCACUGGAGUUAUGCCGAAAAGGGGAAAACAGGGUGUAGCCUGCACGGCCAUGCUGGUUGCAGUCGUUACCAAGAUGCUGGCGCUGAACAAAGGAGAGAAACAUGUGCACUUCUUCAUGCUCGACAUCCAGAUCUCUAAGCGGAUCCGCCACGCUGCUGCUAAUGUGCUUAGAGAAUGCUGGCUUCUGCACCGCGCUAACCUGACAAAGAGCAACCGCGGUGAGCACCGAAGACACCAGAGAUGCCUUCUGGAAGCCAUCAGAGUAUUUCGGCAUUUACGCCUCAAACAAAAGAAACUGAGAGAUUACGUCAGUGAGAUGGUGGACCUCCCGAAGAUGCAGAUGAUCAUGUGCGACCUCAGUGCCAAUUGGAACAACUCCUAUCGGGAGCUGGAGCAGCGGAUCCUCUCCAUGGAGCAGAAGCUGGACGAGCUGAGUCGCUGCUUCCAACAAACCUCGGAGAUGCUGUCUCAGGUCCUGCGUCACCGCAACCCCGAGAUCAGGUGACAUGGCCACAUAUGCUCGUUACGGAGACAGAUAGUGUUUGUCAGUGUUUUCAUCUACAGUAUCCAUGAAAGUGAGACGGUAAAUCCUCUCCACCCGGAGCUGCUCCAGACUCUAAACAUGCUGAACCACUUGGAGGACUGGCAUACCUACUAAAGAUCUCAUCUUCUGGCCCUGUGCUGAGUGCACUGCACAAUGACUCAUAGCUGUAAAAUUAUACAGAUAAAAUAAGAUUUCCAUCCACUGUGGGAGAAAAAUAACAGCGCAUUUUGAGAAAUCUGUUGUGUUCUCGACAGUUAUACAUUUGUGACGGUGCACAAAGAACAGAAAUAAUCUCAAACAAAGACUGUUCGGAGCCUUGUAAUGUACCAGAGCUUUCUCUCUCGACUGCGAUUUGUAAAGUUUCACUGAUAGACUCCAUUAUUCCUGUGGAAUAAGAUGCAUAUUUUUACAUGUUAAUUUUAUUUGAAAUUUCUUGCAAUAUUUUACAGUGUUAGCCUAAUCAGUUUUGUAAAAACCCUCCUUUUUUUAAACAGACAGUUUAAUAGUUAAAUGGUUGAUUAUUGUUCACAAACAGGGUCAUUGAAUAUAAUAUAAUAUAAUAUCUUAUUUCUCAUCUGCUUUCCUCUAAUCCACCAAGGGAUUUGUAAAUGACAUGAUGUGUUUUGAUGGUCAAACAAGAAGAAACUGAAUGUCAAUUCAAGACUCUUUAGAAGAAACCUUUAUUUUGAACUGAAAAGGAAAAAAAUUGGAAGUUUAUAGGAUGAAACUCAUAGAUUCAUGUGCAGCUUUAAGGUUGUAAUCAUCAGUUUACACCUGCUCUGAAACAAUGGAACAGGGCAAGUUGUCUUUUAGCAAC